UCUGACUCCAUCUCAGUCACUGAUCCCCAGCAAUGGCAUCGCUUCUCACAAUACCGCUCGAGUUGCUCGUUGCAAUCUCAGCCCUUCUACCGACUGAAGAUCUCGGCGCCCUGCGACUGGUCUGCAAACAAACAGAAAAGUCUCUCUAUGAAUGGUUCUCGCAAGAGUUCUUCAGCAAGAAGCAGUUUAUGCUCACGCAUACAAGCCUGCAGGCGUUGAUUGAUAUUUCCAAGCACGCCAGCUUCUCCAAGAAGCUGACACACGUCAUCAUUGCCACCAACGUCUACGAGGAAAUACCACUGCGCUUCAGGGAUGAAGAGGCGGCUGCUCGAUACAUCCAAGGCUACGAAGAGCAAAAGGCCUUGUUGAGUACAGGCGUAGACCGCGAGAUGUUCUCUGAGGCAUUCUCGCGGCUGGAAAACCUCCAAACUGUGGGCAUUCGCGACUUCGAUUCUAAUAAGCGGACUCGCGAUGACAAGAGCUGGUCAUCCUGGGGUGCUACAACAGUAUACCGUGAGACAGGAGUCCGGCUGAGCUUUGCGGAUCGGGGGUCAUACUCGCCCGAAAUCACGACGCGCUUUGUCUCCCGCAUCUUCUCCAGUGUGCUAUAUGCCCUGGGGAGAGCCAAUCGACAGCCUCCGCAAUUUGAGGUGCUACUUCGCCAACAUGGACUGCUCGACUCGGCUUUUUUCCUUCCAGACUUCCUUUUGCCAACAAUCGAGCCGGUCUUGCGCAACACGACCACACUUUUGUUGAAUGUCAGCCUGGUUGUACGCCUUCUGCAUACCCACAGCAAUGGCACUUCGGCCGAUCUACAUCCAGGCCGUUCACUUCGGCAUUUCCUAAGACACACACCCAACCUGACGCAUCUGCGGUUGAACUUUGAGAAACACUUGGUCGCUAAUAACGAGGCCUUCCUACAGUGGCUAAGCGCACCACCACCUGCAACAACGAUGCCCGUAUCAUUCCUUCACCCUGACCCAGUCGCGCUACCAUUGCUAAAAACGCUUGAACUCGGUCAGCAGAGCAUCAAGGCCGAUAUUCUCAUCUCGCUCAUGGGCAAAUUUGCGCCAACGUUGGAAGAUCUCAGUCUCUGGAGAAUGAACCUCCACAGCUUUACCCACAUCCCAAUGGGUCACCAGCCAAACUUUUGGAGAGACUUCUUUACCAGCGUCUCCAAGAUCCCUCAGCUCAACCUCACUCACCUUAAAGUCGGUAUGCUGCAGCAGGACCACUCGCAUGUGAACUUUAGGGAAAAAGAGGACGCGAAGUCGCUCAAGGUCAAAGAACACACAGGGAAGGGAAUGGAAAAGUUUUGGGAAGAGCUGGCGGAACAAGUCUUUGUGGAACGGCAGCCUGAAAUAUCACGCUCUAAUGGCGAUGAUUCGGGUGAAGAUGAGGAUAUGGACGACGAGGAAGAGGAAGAGGAAGACGACGAAGACGACGAAGACGACGACGAUAGUGAUGUAUCUGACAGUGUUGAAACACACAAUGCCGUAUAUGCGAGUGCUUUGUGGUGAAAAGAAGAUAGAUGGCUAGGGCCUUGGGGGGUGGGUUUGCAUAUCUACGCCAUGUCUGGGUAUGAUCUUGUUCAAUUUAGUGUAAAUGAUAGUAAUGAAAUCUUACGGGCUCUUUACAU